GCUGUGUCCACGUCCUCUCUGAUCCGGCUGUGAUGGCUACGGUCGAGCUGGCAUUUUAUCGGCGUGAAUAACACAGCGACUUAAAACAAACCUGAAUUCGAAAUCUGACCCACUUUAUAUCGAUAAAACCCAGCGACCAGGUUUUAUUGAUUCCUCUGGAUUUUAAGUGUAUAAUGCGUCGUUUAGUCGUUGUGUAUGUCAUGAAGUUUUGAGCGAACUUGGAUUCGCUUUCACUGUCAAUUAAGACUUAUUUUACAAUAAGUUAAAUAAAACCGAUGAUUAUUAAAUCCUCUCGGUAUAAGAAGCUUUUGUUUACGGAUCUGUUAUGUCAACGUAUUGAAUGAAUCCGUGAAAGGUUCGGGUCGAUAAAUAAAGCUUCGAUUCGGUGGGUCAUGUCUUCCUGGCUGGGAGGGUUGGGCUCCGGCCUGGGUCAGAGUCUCGGCCAGGUCGGGGGCAGCUUGACUUCGUUCACUGACCAGAUCUCAAACUUUACUAAAGAUAUUUUGUUGGAAAGCGCCGAGGAAGUAGGAGAUGCCACAACUGAGUUGCACGUGUCCAACUCUAGAUUGCAUGAGCUGGAGACUGCGUAUACAACACAAAAAUCAGAGUAUGAGCGCUUGCGGAGAAUAAACGCUGAGCUGGAGGAGAAGCUAGAGGCUGCAGAGAUUCAGGUCAAACAGCAGUCAGUGGAAAACAGAACUCUACUACAGCAGAAAGAGGUAGAGAUCAGUCACCUGAAGGCCCGUCAAAGUGGUCUGCAGGACGAGGUUCAGAAACUCCAACGCUCCUCUCAGGCUGUGGCUUUUUCUUCCGAUGCUGCUGUGCUUCCCGUCACCACUGCUUCCACAACCACUACAUCAUCUUCAUUCCUGCAUCGGAACUCAGCUGUCCAUCAGGGUUUCCAUGGCGAUGAGGUGGACCUCAGUGAUGUCCUGUGGUCACAACAGGAAAUAAACCAACUGUCCAGUGAGGUACACCGUCUAGAAGCUGAGGUGGCCCAUUGGAGGAGAGUGGCUCAGGCAUCCAAGCUACCAGGAAGUGAUGGGAACGGAGACCAGGGUGAAGUUCUGAAACUGCAAAGAACCAUCAAGGAGCUGAGAGAAGAAAUGGCAAAGGAGGUGGAUGAACACCAGCAUGAGCUGGCAGCACUCCAGGACGCACAGCGCCAGAAAAUGUCUGAAAUCUCUAGACGGCACAGAGAGGAGCUGGAAGAGUAUGAGGAGAGAAUUGAGGAACUUGAGGAGCAGCUUCAGAGUGGACGGGGUCAUGUAGUUAGCACACCAGCUCAGGACACCAGACUUCAGGAGUUGCAAUCCACCAUUCAGUCUUUACAGGAAGAGGCGGAGAUUCAACACCGAAAGUACAGUGACUUAUUAGCCAGCUUGGAGGAAGUGAAGCAUCAUAGGACCAAGCUAGAGAGGGAGAAGGAAGAGGCUGCAGCAGAAAAUGCAGAACUAUUGCUGAAUUAUAGUCGCCUUCAGAAGUCUGUUACUGAACUCCAGGCUCGGGUCCAGGAGCAGGAGGGGAAGUCUAUGCUGAAAGCUCAGCAGGACAGUGAGAUACAAACCCUGAGGAAAGCCUUGGCAGAUGAAGAGAAAGAGGUGGCUAGAUUAAAGAGUCUCAAUGAGAGUGGCUCUAAAGAAGAACUGGAACAUGCUGAUAUCCUGGAGCUCAAUACCAUCAUUGAUACCCUCAGGAAAGAGAAGCGUGAACUAGAGAACGACAAGGUUGCACUGGUUGAGGAACUGAACACAGCUGAGGAUAGAUGCCGUGAUGGAGAGUCACAAAGUGCUGUAGAAUUGGCACAGGAAGUAUCAGACCUAAAGAGCCAACUGGAGCAUCGGGAGCAAGCGUUCAAGCAAGCCCACCUUGACAUAGAGACACUCACAACGGAACUGGAAGUACUGGAUAAGCAGAACCAGGAAGCCACACAGCAUCUUAUUGCAGUAAAGGACCAGAUGUCUAUGCAGAAAUCCCAGGCAGAGACAGAAACAGCCCGUCUACAGUCAGAUCUCAGGUCUUCUCUUGACCAAAGAAGGACUCUUCAACUGGAGCUGGAAACUCGGGGGGAGAAGCUAAGCCAAAGUGCCUUCUCUCUAAAUGAACUGCACAUGGCCAAACAGCAAUUGGAAGACACAGUUAAGGAGUUAAGGGACAAGUUGAGUAAGUCACAAGAGCUGGGAAAGGAGCUAAGACAGGAGUCCUCCAACCUAAAGAGGGCUCUGCAGGAGAAAGAUACCGAGAUUGCAGCACUUCGCGAGGACUUAAAUCAUUCUGGGGAGCAAGGAAAUGAGUUGGAGGACCACAGGAAAGAACUUGAGAUGAGGAGUAAAGAGCUCCGUGACUUGAGAACAGAAUUAGCAGAAGUGAAGUCCUCCUAUGAGAGGGUGCUUUCUGAAGACUUUGAUAUGAAAAUUGAAAACACGAAGUUGAAAGAAGAAAGUGCUCAGGCUUUGGACAAGAUGGACAUUUUGCAGAACCAGGUCCAAGACGCACAGGCCUCUCUAAGCAGGUUGUCCCUGGAGAAAGACACUCGCAUUGAAGCCCUGAAAUUAGAAAAGAGCCAGUUAGAAUCGGAGCUAAGUCAAAUGGAGAAGCGUCUAUCAGAUCAGGCCAAGCAGUACCAGCAAACCAUCGAGGAACUGACCAAAGCACGCUCGAUGAAUGCUUCUGCAUUGCAGACAGAACAUGAGCGAAUGGUGAAACUGAAUCAGGAGAAAGAUCUCACAAUAGCAGAGCUCAGGCGCGAGGUGGAGCAGAUGGUGUCUGACAGCAAAGACACCAGCGAGAUGCUGGACAUCACUGUGGCUGGCCAAAAGCAGCUUACAGAGCUUUUGCAGGAGAAAGACACCUUUGUCGAAACUCUGAAAGCUCAAGCUGCAGAAACGCAAGAGGAGUUAGAGACAAGUGUUUUGAGGGCAACGCAAGAGUCUGAUACUCUGAGAAGGUUACUGGAGGAGAAAGACAAACACCUUGGAGCCAUGAAAGAAGAAAACAGCCAUCUCAAAGAAGAGUUUGACCGUCUAAGGGACCAACAAAGCAGACCGCAGCCAAUGUCAGAACCACGGACGCUGGAUAUCAUUACAGAGCUUGAGACAGAGCUGAAUCAGCUCAAAGCUGCUAGGGAUCGAGACGAAGAAGAGGUCCAAGCUCUAAGGACAGUAUCAGAGGAGCAACAAGCCACAGUUCUACGAUCACAGCAUUCUCUUCAGAUGCUACAAAGUGAACUUGAACAAGUACGGUCAAGACACGAACAAAGAUCACUCAACUACGACAGACUCAUUAGCACUAAGGAUGAGGAGAUUGUUCGGAUUCAGUCGGAGUUACAGGGGCUACGCACACAGGGACAGAGUCAAAUACAGUCAAUAGAUAUCCUACAGGAGGACAAGACCCAUUCGCUAAAUGGUGAAAGUGACAAUGAGAAACAUGACCUCUCUAAGGUUGAAAUUGAGAGACUUGUGAAAGGCAUCAAGGAAAAAGAGAUUGAGAUAAGCCAGCUAAACGAGAAAAACCUUUCGCUUACCAAACAGCUCGACCAGCUCGUGGUCUCUCAAAAUGAGCUGGGAAAACUCUCGCAGAUGGUGCUUCAAAAAGAUCUGGAAAUCAAAGCGCUCCACGCUCGAGUGUCUGGUGGCCACAGUCAGGAUGUUGCGUUCCUGCAGCAGCAGUUGCAGGCCUAUGCAGUGGAACGAGAACAGGUCCUGGCAGUGCUUAACGAGAAGGCCCGUGAAAACAGCCAGCUGCGUUCGGACUACCAUCGCAUCAUGGACAUCGUUGCAGCCAAGGAAGCGGCUUUGCUAAAGCUCCAGCAAGAAAACCAACGUAUAUCCACCAUGAGCGAUCCAUCGGGAAGUCAAGAGAUGUUUCGCGAGACCAUACAGAACCUUUCCCGCAUCAUCCGCGAGAAAGACAUCGAGAUUGAUGCCCUGACUCAGAAGUGUCAAACCCUAGUGUCCGUCCUGCAAACAUCUGGCACAGGCGAUUCUGUAAACGGCGGCUCAGGAGGUGUCAGCAGCAACCAGUUUGAGGAGCUCCUGCAAGAACGUGACGCUCUCAAACAACAAGUGAAGAAGAUGGAAGAGUGGAAGCAGCAGGUGAUCACUACAGUGAGGAACAUGCAGCAUGAAUCUGCUCAACUUCAAGAGGAGCUACACAGGCUGCAGGGGCAGGUGUCCGCCGAUAGCGACUGCAGCAGCAAGCUCUCUGUGGAUUACACCCGACUCAUUCAGAGUUACGAGCAGAAAGAGCAAAAGCUGGGAUUGCUGAGUCAGGAGCUGGCACAGGUGCAGCAGACUAUCAGCCAGCUCAACAGCACCAAAGACGUUCUGCUUGGGAAGCUGGACAGGGUCAAGCAAUCUCCAGAAGUCCCUGCUACGGCAGUGAGCCAGGCUUUGGUGUCUCCAAACGUAAAGGGGGCGGCACCACUAGUACAGGGUGAAAGUUUAAAUCAGGAAUUGCAAUCUUUGCAGAGAACGUUGGCAGAGAAGGAGAGCAUGAUAAGAACUCUGCAGGAAAACAACCAUCGUUUAGCAAAUUCUGCAUCUCUGUCUAAGAGCGAGCAGAGGAGCCAUGCAGAUGAACUCAAGCAGGCACGAGAGAAGCUGGAAUCCCUGCAGCGUUCCCUCAGAGAGAAAGAUCUGCUCAUUAAGACCAAAGGAGACCAACUCAGUCAGGUGAGUGAAACCUUGCGUAACCGUGAGAACGAUAAUGAAGUAUUGAAGCAGGCCGUCACGAACCUGAAGGAGCGAGCGCUGAUUCUGGAGCUCGAUGUGAAGAAACUAAAGGAGGAAAAUGAAACGAUAGCAGGUAGAGUUCGUGAGAAAGAGACAGAAUUCCGUGCCCUGCAGGAGACCAACAUGCAGGUGUCACUAUUGCUUCGCGAACGAGAGUUUCAGUUCAGUGCAGUGAAUGAGAAGGCCACUGCCAUGGAAAAGAUGUUGAAAGAUAAAGAGCAGGGUAAAUCUGGUGAGCUGAACCAAUUGUUGAAUGAGGUCAGAUCUAUGCAGGAGAAAGCCAUGUUGUUUCAGCAGGAAAGAGAUCAAGUGAUGAUGGCACUCAAACAGAAGCAGAUGGAGACAACAGCUCUGCAUAGUGAGCUGCAGCACACGUGUGAUAAAGAGCAGCGUCAGAAGCAAGAGUUGGAACGUUUGCGUAAUCAUCUGUUAGAGAUGGAGGAUUCCUACACACGUGAGGCUCUUGGAGCCGAGGACAGAGAGCGAGAGCUCAGACGCAGAGUGGCACUUCUUGAAGAACGUUUAGCAUCGUCCUCCAAUGCCGUGGAGAGCGCAAGUCAGCAGGCGAGUCUGCAGGUGGAGUCUCUUCAGGAGCAACUGAAUGGUGUUGUCCGACAAAGAGAUGAGGCUUUGCUUGAACUCAGUACUGCUCAGGACCAGGUCAACCAGUAUGCAGUGUCACUUUCUAACCUGCAGAUGGUGCUAGAACAGUUUCAGCAAGAAGAAAAAGCCAUGUACUCGGCUGAGCUAGAAAAACACAAGAGAGAGAAAGCAGAGUGGAGAAAGAGAGCAGAGACUGCUGAAGACAAGACGGCAGCUCUGCAGAUAAACCUGGAUGAAGCAAACGCAGCUCUAGAAUCGGCCUCCCGUCUCACAGACCAGCUGGACCUGAAAGAGGAGCAAUUAGAAGAUCUGAAGAAACAAGUGGAUGUACGACAGGAGAUGUUGGAAGAAGCUCAGAGGAAGUUGAUGAACCUUGUGAACACCACAGAGGGCAAAGUUGAUAAAGUCCUAAUGAAGAAUCUUUACCUGGGAUAUUUUCAUACCCCCCGAAACAAGCGCCACGAGGUGUUGAGACUUAUGGGUAGUGUGCUUGGAUUGGACAAAGAUGAGGUGAACGAGUUGUUGCAGGAAGAGGGAACGAGUGGGAUGACUGGUUGGGUCUCAAGUUGGCUGGGAGGAAGAGGUGUUCAGAGCGUUCCCAACACCCCACAAAGACCUACACACGCACAGAACCUCAAUUCAUCUUUCUCUGAGAUGUUUGUUAAGUUCCUGGAGGUGGAGUCUAGCCCUGCUCGUCCUGCCCCUAGACUGCCCGUUUAUGACAUCAAGCCUCUGAGUGCGCCCCCAACUGGCCGGAGUACUAGCACACCUGCAUCAGGUGUUUCUGGACCAGGUAAGCGCGGCGGAGAUUCAAACCCGUUCUUGGCACCCCGUUCUGCAGCCGUACCCCUCCUCAGUCAUGCAGGUUCAGGUAGCACUGCAGGUGCGGGGGGCCACCUGCUUAUGAAGCCCAUCUCAGACGCCCUGCCAACCUUCACACCUGUACCUUUUUCUGCUGAGGCCAGCGGUGGGGCACUCCUGAAAGAUCUGCUCAAGCAAUGAUUCAACACUUGUACUGCCACUCAAAGCACUUUAGUUUAUCAGGACACUCGAGACCUUAUAUAAAACUGAGACAUGUUCAAGAGCCAUGGGUUUACUGAUUUAUUAAAAAAGCUGAAGCUGUCAGUGCUUAUAAGGGCUGACUGUGCUCAUCAGACAAAACCGAAGCUUUUGACUGGGUCAAGUUUUGUUUGCAAACUGGAGAUGACAUUAUGGAAUAUUCAUGACCUUCACCCAACAUUUAAUGUCUUGCAAACAUCCAGUUUGUCAUAUUUAGACAGGGUUAAUGUCCUGAGAGGUUUUUGUAGUGUGAUGAGAGAUCGUCUCAUGCUGUCUGGCAGUCACUACAACAACACAUUAAACCUUUUCCACUUCUGCAAAGACUUUGUAGCUACUCUUCCAAAAUCCUCCCAUUAUUGAGUGCUAGGAAUGGUUGGUCGGAUCUCUGGCGCAGCAGGUACAAUAACCGUAAAUCAAGGGGUGUUGUCUGAUUCUGCACUCGCUCCCAUGCAAGUAAUAGUAUUUAUUUGUGCGUCAGUCAUUCGUUGUUUCCGACGAGCUGGUGGAAAGGCGAAAUGUGUAUUUAUAAUUUGGGAAGAAAAACAUAGUGGAACUUCAAAAUACAUUUACCAUCUCCGUGUAUGUGAAGAUUUUUUUUGAAAGAGGGAGGCGCAACGGCCUAAGUAAUUCAACUUUCUGUUUCUCUGUCAACAGUUGGGUGCAUUUUAUUAAAUACAUGUAGGGUAUAUUUAUACGUUUAGGUGUAUAUUUUGAGCGGUUUGGAUAAAUUUGAUCAAUCUUUUUGAGGUUUAAAGACAGCUCGUGACAUUCAACAUCUCUUGUGCAAAAAUAAACUUCUUUACUGAUG